AUGAACUGGGCCUUUCUGCAGGGCCUCCUCAGUGGGGUCAACAAAUACUCCACAGCGUUCGGCCGCAUUUGGCUCUCGGUCGUGUUCAUCUUCAGAUUGAUGGUGUUCCUCGUGGCCGCUGAGAAGGUGUGGGGGGAUGAGCAGGGGAACUUUGACUGUGACACGAGGCAGCCAGGUUGUAAGAACGUCUGUUAUGAUCACUUCUUCCCCAUUUCCUAUUCACGGCUCUGGUCUCUGCAGCUGAUCUUUGUCACCUGCCCUUCACUGCUGGUGUUGCUGCAUGUGGCCUACCGCGACGACCGGGAGCGAAAGCACGAGCUGAAGCAUGGUGAUGGCUGCACAAAGCUCUACGAAGACACAGGAAAAAAGCGUGGUGGACUCUGGUGGACCUAUCUAUUCAGCCUGCUCUUCAAGUUGGCAGUGGAUGGUGUUUUCAUCUUCCUGGUCUUCUACAUCUAUGAAGCCAACUUCUUUCCACUGGCGGUGAAGUGCAAGGAAGCACCUUGCCCCCAGGCUGUAAACUGCUUCAUCAGCCGGCCCACAGAGAAGCGCAUCUUCACCGUUUUCAUGGUGAUCACCAGUGGUGUUUGUAUCCUACUCACAUUGCUUGAGAUGGCCUACCUGGUGGGAAAGCGUUGUAAGGAGUUGGCGACCACUCGCCCUCGGCACAGAUAUCCGGCAGCCAUAACAUCUGUAGUGAAUCCCCAGGAACAGAACGCUCAUAAUGAGUCCAUACUGAAUGACCAUCGGGUUGAUGAAAGCGCCCCUGUCUAUAAGGCCUGAUCUGAUUUGUGUUAGCCAUACUCUGAGAGUCUGUGUUUGUGAAGAUACUGCAGUCAAGAAUAUUAGGAUAAACCACAGCAUGUUCACUUGAGUAAAUAGAUGUUUCAAUUAAGGUAGAAUUAAAUAUUGCAUGAAAACCUUUAAACUUUUGUUUCAUCACAGUCUAAACCUAUAUAUUUGUUAAUGUUCAGAACAUAGUACAUUCAGAUUAAUA